AUGGAGGCGACGCCAACGCCCUUCAAAAUUCAUGUGUCGGAGGAGGAGCUGACAGACCUAAAAGAUCGGCUCGCCAGGGCUAGGCUUGUACCAGAUGAGAUCCUGGAUCGAGGAUCUGACCCCUCCGGGGCAUGGGCUUACGGCACGGACCGGACGGUCCUUUCCGAGUAUGUCUCGCAUUGGCUCCACAAGUACGACUGGCGCCAGAAAGAGGCGGAGCUCAACGCACUGCCGCAUUUCCGUCUGGAGGUCAGAGGACUGCAGACGCAUUUUAUACACCAGAGAUCUUCGAAUAGUGAUGCGAUUCCCCUGCUGCUGGUGCACGGUUGGCCAGGGUCCGUCGUUGAGUUUCUCAAGCUCCUGCCCUUGCUCGCUGACAAGUUCCACGUUGUGGCACCAAGCAUUCCUGGAUACGGCUGGAGUGAGGCACCCAAGGAGAGAGGCGCGGACGUGGUGUUCAUGGCGGAUCAUAUGGCAGAGCUGAUGCGGAAGCUGGGUUACGACAGCUACGUUGCACAGGGUGGCGACUGGGGUGCAAUCAUCACCUCACUGGUGGCGCAACGAUAUCCGCAGCAGUGCGUGGCGCUACAUAUAAACAUGUGUGUUGCAGUCCCUGGAGAUUGGUAUGAUCUUGUGAAAGUUUUGCUGGGAUGUCCUUUCUGGUCUUCCCAGGAGUGGGCGGGCAUCAGAAGCACCAUGUACUUCCACAAAUACGAGACGGCGUAUCAGAAAAUUCAGGCCACGAAGCCCCAAAGUCUCGGAUAUGGUCUCAACGAUAGCCCUGUCGGGCUUCUAGCUUGGAUCUUAGAGAAGUUUCAGAGCUGGAGCGACAGUCGUGGCGGCCGCCCCGAGGCCAGCGGUCUUACCAUGGAUGAGAUUUUGACAAAUGUCAUGGUCUAUUGGACAACUCAGAGCAUUACCUCCAGCCUGAGGCUCUACUACGAAACUUUGAAGAGUCACCCGCCCCCCAAGGAGACGAAGUCUUCACAGCCACAGCUUCGACAAAUCAGCGUGAAGGUUCCUACGGCGGUCUUAUGGGCACAUCACGACCUCUAUAAGCUGCCACGGAGCGUGGCAGCACUUUGCUACAACAUUCGCCAGUGGACGACUCCAUCGAAGGGUGGGCACUUCUUUGCUUUCGAGCAGCCAGAGGUCAUGGCAGCAGACGUCGAGCGCUUCUUCUGCCAAACGCUCGACUUUCAGCACUGCAAGAAGCACGCGCCUCUCCCUGGCCGACCAGUUCGCCCCGGAAAAUACAUUCUGCUAGCUAUCAUGGCUGCAGCUGCAGUCCGCACGAUCCGCCACAGGUUGUAG